CCGAAAGGUGAUCUCCGCUUUGCUUCAGAGUCCGGUCGCCCAGGGCCUAAUGUAGCAGCGAAAUAAAUUCCAAAGCUGACAGCUCCUACGUUAAGCCGUUUCCACUAACGCAGCUACGUAUUUGUAGCAUCUCUUUUCGGGUUCCGUGAUGAGGAUAGCCUAGCUGCGAAAGAACAGCGAAUUGGGAGUCAGUCUGUCUUCUCGGCCUGUCAUUAACUGGUGGUAUGACCUUGGAGAAAUCUUUUUGACCUCUCUGGACUCUUCGUUUUCCUUUUCUAUGAAAUGAGGAGCUUGGAAUAAGUAGCAAGGGAAACAUGAACCAGAAGAUACUGAAAUUGGAGAACUUACUACGAUUUCACACUGUCUUUAGGCAGCUGCACAGCCUGGGUCAGAGAAGGUUAGCACAGUGGAAUCAUGUGUUUUCAUCUGCUUACCCGGUGUGGACAGCUCAGCUCUGCAUUCGGCCCUGGCAAACAGACCCGCUCAUCGGGGCGGCUUUAUCUCAAUAUAGGCUUCUAGUAACAAAGAAGGAAGAAAGAUCACAGAAAUCUCAGUUAUUUUCAACAAAAUCCAAAAAGGAGGUGGAGGUAUGGAUUGGAAUGACUGUUGAGGAACUGGCCAGAGCAAUGGAAAAAGACAUAGAUUGUGUAUAUGAAGCUUUAAUGAACACUGCUAUUGACUUAGAUUCACUAGAAGCAUACUCACGUUUAGAUGAAGUCUGGAUCAAAGAAGUAGUUAAGAAGGCGGGGAUGAAGUUAAAAUGGAGCAAAUUAAAACAGGACAAAGUCAGAGAAAAUAAAGAUGCUGUAAGAAGGCCUCAGGCAGAUCCAGCUUUAUUAACCCCAAGGUCCCCAGUUGUUACUAUAAUGGGCCAUGUUGAUCAUGGGAAAACGACGUUACUUGACAAACUGCGAAAAACUCAAGUGGCAGCAAUGGAAGCUGGAGGCAUCACUCAGCACAUUGGUGCCUUUCUUGUCUCUCUGCCUUCUGGGGAAAAGAUUACCUUUCUGGAUACUCCAGGACAUGCUGCUUUCUCAGCAAUGAGAGCCAGAGGUGCUCAGGUCACUGACAUUGUCAUAUUGGUUGUAGCUGCAGAUGACGGAGUGAUGAAACAAACUGUAGAAUCUAUUCAGCAUGCCAAAGAUGCUCAAGUUCCUAUCGUCCUUGCCAUAAACAAAUGUGACAAAGCUGAGGCUGAUCCUGAAAAAGUGAAAAAAGAACUGCUAGCUUAUGACGUGGUCUGUGAAGAUUAUGGCGGCGAUGUCCAAGCAGUGCACAUCUCUGCACUCACGGGUGAUAAUCUGAUGGCUUUGGCAGAGGCAACAGUUGCUUUGGCAGAAAUGUUAGAAUUGAAAGCAGAUUCCACUGGUCCAGUAGAAGGAACAGUAAUAGAAUCUUUCACAGACAAAGGAAGAGGUCCUGUUACUACAGCUAUAAUUCAAAGAGGAACUUUGAGGAAAGGCUCGAUUCUGGUUGCUGGAAAGAGUUGGGCAAAAGUACGCUUAAUGUUUGAUGAGAAUGGAAAAACAAUCCAUGAAGCCUGCCCCAGCAUGCCAGUGGGAAUUGUAGGCUGGAGAGACCUCCCUUCUGCAGGAGAUGAAAUUCUUGAAGUAGAAUCUGAGCCAAGGGCACGUGCAGUUGUUGACUGGAGAAAGUAUGAGCUGGAACAGGAGAAAAAUAAAGAGGAUCUAAAAAUAAUAGAAGAAAAGCGAAAGGAGCACCAAGAAGCACAUCAGAAAGCCCGUGAGAAGUAUGGCAACGUACACUGGAAGGAGAGAUCCUUUCUAAAGUACCAAGAAAGAAAAGAACAAAAACCCUUGAAGGCAAAAGAGAAAGAAGAAAGGGAUUCACACGUUCUUCCUAUAAUUAUUAAAGGUGAUGUUGAUGGUUCCGUUGAGGCCAUUGUGAACAUCAUGGAUACCUAUGAUGCUUCACAUGAGUGUGAACUUGAAUUAGUACAUUUUGGUGUGGGUGAUGUCAGUGAAAAUGAUGUUAACCUUGCUGAAACAUUUCGUGGUGUUAUAUAUGGCUUCAAUGUGAAUGUAGGCAAUGUUAUCCUAAAGUCUGCUGCAAAAAAAGGAGUAAAAAUUAAACUUCACAAAAUCAUUUACCACCUGAUUGAAGAUUUGCAGGAGGAAUUGAGCAGCAGAUUGCCGUGCACUGUGGAAGAGCAUGCAAUAGGUGAAGCUUCUAUAUUAGCUACCUUUUCUGUAACAGAAGGGAAGAAGAAAGUUCCUGUGGCUGGCUGCAGAGUCCAAAAGGGACAGUUAGAAAAACAAAAAAAAUUUAAAUUAAUCCGUAAUGGAGAGCUUAUUUGGAAGGGUUCAUUAAGCUCAUUGAAACACCAUAAAGAUGACGUUUCAGUCAUCAAAACUGGAAUGGAUUGCGGUCUCAGUUUGAGUGAAGAAAAGAUAGAAUUUAAAGUGGGAGAUGAAAUUAUUUGUUAUGAAGAAAAACAAUUUCCAGCCAAGACUUCCUGGGAUCCAGGAUUUUAAAAUUUUAUUAAAAAUGUAAACAAUGGGGUGCCUGGUAGAGCAUAUUAACUCUUAAUCCCAGGGCUCAAACCGUAUGCUGGGCGGAUUAUUACUUAAA